UUAAGCUCAUCAGCUAUCAUUCAUGUUAGUGUAUUUUAUGUGUGGCCCAAGACAAUUCUUCCAGUGUGGCCCAGGAAAGCCAAAACGUUAGACACCCCUGGUUUAGGGUUUUGUGCAACACUGAACCACAGACAGGACUUGGUGGCAAAUGACACGAGCAGGGGGACCCCUGAGCUCCUCCUCUUCUGCUGGGUCAGGGAAUAAGCCUCCAUUUUCCUGAGCCCCUGCCUGGUCAGGUGGGAGCUGGGCACCUGCAGUCAGCUGGCAUUUUCCCUCUAGAGUGUUAGAAAUUCUUAGCACAUCUCUUCUGGCACAUUUUACUGGCUUGAAUCCCAGCUGCUGUGGGUGUGGGCUUGGUGGCCGGGGAGCCUCCUUGUUCAGUUGGCCUGAAGUCUGGAGGGUGGAAAGGGCAUCUUAGGGUGGCCUGGGGUGCAGCAGAGCCUGGGCAGCAUCCCCGGCUCCCAUUCCAGCGCUGUGUCCCAGAAAACUCCUUCCAGUCACUUCUGUCUGUGCUGUCUCUUGCUAGGCUUUACGUGCGGUUCGUGUUGUGAGCUUUUCACCCCCUGCUGCGGGUGGAACCUGAGGGAUUGUGGAGGGAGCCUCGUGUCCCUGAGGUGCUCAGUGAGCUGUGCCGGAGCCGUUCAGGGCCGGGGUGUGACUGAAGGCGUCAGUGUCAGGGGUUUCCCCAGGAUCCCUGCCGUCGGGCUGGCUUCAUUGCCGUUGUGGCUGGGGGGUCUGUGGUGAGCUGCGCAGGUCAGGGGUGGACGAGCUGCCCCUUCCGCUGCCAUCCCCGGCCCCCUGCUGUCUCCAGAGCUCGGAUGCUCCCCUCAGUGGCAGCCAGGGCCCAGGGCUUUGGGCUGAUCCUUCAUACUGCAGGUGCCUCUGACCAUGGGAUCAGGCUGUGUGUGCCAUGGCCUGGCUGUGCCCCCAGCGUGAGCUGCUACCGGUGUGAGCAGAGCAGCCAAGGCAGUCUCUGCGUGGGGUUUGGCCCGUGGGGGCUGCCCCGUGUCCCCAGGUGCUGUGUGACUCUAGGAGCUGGUCAUCCCUCUGCCAUGAUGGGGCCCCUGUUCCACUACAGGGCUGCCUGUCAUUUGCUGUGCGUUCACUGCCCUGUUGGGCUAUGUCUGUGGCUGUGCUGCCCGCACAAAACCAUGUGUGAGGCCAGAGAGGAGCCUGCGCCCACUGCCGUCCCUGCCAUCCAGUGUGACGCUUAUGUGUGCAACCCCAGGCGGCCGCCUCCCUUCCUGGCUCCUCAGCCCAAGCACCAAACGCCUCUGCUGGCCCCGCCGUCGUGGCUUCACAGCACAUCCUUCCUGCAGCUGCUGUCCCUCCUGCCCUGCACCCCUUCCUAGGCCUGCAUUUCUCUCUCUUUUACUGAUGUGGAGAUGAUGCCCUCAUUCUCCUCCGUAUCCCUCCCGGGCGUGCCUGUUUUCAACACAGCUCAUAGCGUCAGAUGGGGGAGCUCAGGUUUUCUGCAGUGCUUGAUGGAGCCGCCAGGGACUGGGGGGUCUGGGGUGCCUGGCUCUCCCAGCAUGUGUGUCGGUGGAGACACCGGCUCUUUGAAGCCCAGAGGAAGGCUGGACGGGCUGAUCAGCAGGAGGCCGGGCAGCUGUCCUGCUGGAUCGC